UCAGCAUUUGAGACUGACAUUUGUUAUUUUCAAAAAGAAUUGCGUUUGAGCGGAAAUGUUUCUUUUUGUACAGGCGCCUGCGAGUAGCACCAACAUGGGUCCUUCAUUUCAAACGUCGCUGAAAACUCCAUGCUGCGAAAGUUGUCAGACUGUUUAUUAAUAUAUGUGUUUGCGUUUUUAUUAAACGCAAUAGACAAUCGAGCUCAAGAUGAGCUCAGAGACGUGUCCGUUUUGUGGGAAAUCGUACAAAAGACUCAAUUCUCAUCUCCCUCAUUGCAAAAUGUCCCCUGGUUCAAAGACUGGCAAACUCACUAACAAAACUACAGAGAUGCAGACUACAACUUUUAAACACACAAGUCAUAUGGAUAAGACAAACAAAGCAAAUAUUACCAGUAAGAUAAAUAGCCCAAUAUUUCAAGGAAACUCAAAAUCCAAACCCAAAGAAAAGUUAAGAAUAGAUAAGGAACUUUUAGCAAACACCAACACACUCACAAGCACUGCACCUAAAGUCCCAUCAACCAGUGGAAUGAACACAGACACUGUAAAGGCCAAAACCAAGUGGCUUGCAAAAAGAGAGCAAGAGGUGCUGAAACAAGCUAAACUGCAAACACAGACGAGAAUCAAAUUCACUUCAGUUCUUGAAAAGCAUAACAAUGAAACACAAAAGAAGGCAGUAAAAGACACACUGUUAUUAGAAAAAGAAACAAAAAUGUAUACAAAUAGCAUUUUGUCCUCUCAAUUAACCAACAAUAAGAUUAACUGCACUACCACAGAUUCUUCACGAACAGUAUCCGAGGCCACAGUCUCUCAGAUUAAGCAAAAUAUGCCAAAGUGCACAGAAAAUGUUAAUAUAUCAGAGCCUCUGACUAAAGAAUGUACUUUGGGUUCAAGAGUGAAACAGCAAGGUGUGUCUGUAUUUCAAACAAAGACUUGUGUGUGGGACCACAUUAAACAUGGACUUUAUAAAAGUAGAUAUGAUGGUGCUACACUGUUAUUUCCCAUUGUUUCAGCACACGUGUCUUUUACUAAGUGUGUAAACACUUCAGAGUCUGAACUCGAGCCUCAUACAGGGAAUUAUCAAAAUACCAUUAUGAAAACAGUACAAUUUCCGAUGUUUCAAACCUCAGUCAAAAGGCCAGUCGAAAACGUCCUCAGCUCACGAUUUCAAAACACGCCUGUUAUUGCAUACUCACCUGAGAUGGCAACAGGUUACGGUGGAACAUGUUUCAUCUCGUCUCAUUCAGAAAUCUCGAAUGCGAAUUUAUUGAUGAAGUGCCAAACAUCCAAACCUUCAGCACAGAGGCAAGCAGGUCCAGUGGCAGAGCUAAGACUUGAAGAUGUAAAACUAAAUGAGCUUGCAUCUUACCUUGUUGCUCGAACACCAAAAACACCCAGGGAUGUAGCUUCAAUGUUUACCAAAGGUUGGCAGUGGUAUUACAGGAAGUACAUUGAUGUACGGAAAGGAGGAAUUGGUGGGAUUGCAAUGCUGAUUGGUGGCUACUGUACACUGAGUUACAUAUGGCAUUACCCCCAUAUCAAAAAACACCGCUGGAAGAAAUAUCACUAGAGUAUUCAGAGGACUUUUUUCAAAUCAUAUUGAGCUUAUAUUGUAAUAUGUAAAGUGCAAAAUUUAGCAUAUUUAUAUUUAUAAAGUAACCUAUUUAUAACUAUUUUAACUCAAUUAAUUUCUGUUACAACCUUUGGCAUAUCUAAGUGUGAAUAACGAUAAACGAUUACCACAAAUCAAGUAUUAGAUCUCUUACAACACUCAAUGUUUAAUUCCGAGUCACAGCACUUGUUAAUAAACUUUGAAAUAUUUGAAUUUGA